CGCUCUCGCAACCAUGAAGAACCUGACUUGGCUGACUCUUACGAACAUCCUCUUUAACUAUGAUGUGGCGAGCAAGAUCGGCGGCUACGUGGAGGAAACCACUGCUCUAACUAUCCUGCAGUUCGAUCAGGUCGUGGCUGAUGACACAAACGCAGGAGUGUUCCUGGACCACUUGGCUCGCAACCGGAGUGUGAAGAAACUGUGCGUAAACGAGCACCUAGUCGUCGCGCGCCAUGGUCAGGCUCUCGCAGACGCCGUCCGAAACCACGUGACCCUGCAAGAAAUUGAAGUGUACGGCAACAUGGAAUUCAGCCCAUCUGCCUUACUAGCAGCGGCGGUACAGAGCCAGUCGUUGCGGUCACUCACUGUACACGAGUGCCAUGUUCAAGCCGAGGACAUCGAAGCUAUGGCCUCCGCACUUAAGCGGCGGGAGCCGCCUCCCGCAUUCGAGCCUCCUCCGCCAACGAGCCAGUAUUGCAGUGCUAACGCUGAAGACAUCUCAGCUGUGGCCGCCAAACAUACGCCGACAGAGCCGCCUCCGGUUUUAAUCUUCCCCCACCAACGAGCCCCAUGA